AUGAAACAAUCAAUAAAAGAUAAUACCAUUUCACCAAAGAAUGAAAGACCAAGCUCAAUAAGAUCUAUUAAUUUGCCAAGUUCAACAAAUUCUCCUACUGAAUGCCUAACACCUGUAACUCCUGAAAUGGGCCAAGGCUUGUUGUUAGAAGUUAGACAUCUACAAAGAGAAUUGCAUGAAAAAUUAGAAAAGAUUAAAGAGUUAGAAGCAGAUAAAGCCGAAUUAAAAAAAACGAUCGAAGCACUUAAGAGCCAACUUCAUAUUAGUAAAGAAGCAGAAGAAAAUAUUAACUAG